AUGUCGAACCCACGUAUCGAAGAGCUCCCAGAUGACGAGCCAGUCACCAAGAACGUCACCGCGGAGGAUGAUGCAUCUUCUGACUCCGAUUCCGAGGGAGAGGCUGCUGAGUCUGGAAUCCCCGCCGAGGGUCAAAUCGUCCACUCCCGCAACGAGAAGAAGGCGCGCAAGUCGAUCUUGAAGCUCGGUCUUACUAGAGUUCCUGGCAUCACCCGUGUCACCCUGAGACGUCCAAAGAACAUUCUGUUCGUCAUCAACCAGCCCGAGGUCUACAAGUCACCAAACAGCAACACCUACAUUGUCUUUGGUGAGGCCAAGAUCGAGGAUCUCAACUCCCAAGCUCAAGCUUCCGCUGCUCAACAGCUCGCUGCCCAAGAGUCCCACGACCACGCUGGCCACGACCAUGCCGGUCACGACCACUCCGGACACGACCACGGCAAGGGCAAGGCUAUCGAGGCUGAUGACAAGAAGGACGACGAAGAGGACGACGGAGAAGAGGUUGAUGCGUCUGGUCUCGAGGACAAGGACAUUGAGUUGGUCAUGACCCAAGCCAAUGUCUCGCGCAACAAGGCCGUCAAGGCAUUAAAGGAGAACGAUAAUGACAUUGUCAACUCUAUCAUGGCUCUCAGCAUAUAG